GUUGCCAGGGAGACGACUCAAAACACCAGGCGCAGUUUCACAGCAAUGGCCACAAGUGUCCCGUUGGUGCCUGGACAAAACUCACUGCAGGGGCUGGACGCGGUCCCGUGAAGACGGAGACAGAGCCUGUGCUGUGUUAUGACCACUUUCUGUUACUGAAACUCACAUUUCAAGAGCGCUGGAUUUUAAAGGAAUACAUGAUUCUUGCCCAUAACCACACAAGCCAUCUUUGAAGUGGAUGACUGCUCACAGAAAGAACAUCCUCUGCUGGCAUGAUAUGGCCCCUGAUUUGAGCAGUCCCAGCACCGGUUCCUCAUAACACUCAAGCAGAUCUCCAUAAACUCUGGGUUGGUUUGAACUGGUGCAGCAAGGAUGAUCACGUCCCAUAUGAACGGUUUUGUGCAAGAGCCCUCUGGUCAGGCCAAGAGCCACAGGGAGAGGGCGGUGGACUGUCCAGGGGAGGAGGGUGGCCUUGUCAAAUCUCAACACUGCAGUGCACAAAUGGAGAGGAUCCAGCACUACCAGGAGGAGCUGAGGAAGAAGAGAGAGGAGGACAGCAGGGCCAAACAUGAAAUCGACCCCAACGCUUCACUGAGACUCAAGAAGCUGUCGCAGAACCCUAAAGUGGGCAUCGACAAUCCCACCUUUGAGGGGAAGGAAAAAGCCAACAAAGACGUAUGCUCUCAGGAUCCUGUAGCCGAACUGGAGGAGUUUCUGCAGGCUCUGAAGUGUGUGCAGCAAAGCCUGACUGACACCCAAAGCCAGCAGGAUGUGGAGCUGGUACUGCAGCUCCUUGCCAAGGAGGACUUCAGGAAUGCCUACUCCGUCUACAGCGCUGUGUCCCUGCAGAUGAACAGAGUCAGCCCCUCCUCACCUCUCACAGUACAAGCACAGGACCUCUGCCAGGAGGUGCAGAAGAUUCUUCAGUCCAGCCAACAGAAGGAGGGUUUGGAGCUCAAGGCUCUGCUCACCAAUCCUCAUCUCCAGGCACUCAUGCAGGUCCAUGACAGUGUGGCAGUGCAGGAAAUGGAAGAGGAAAACGUGACCCAGUACCUCGGAGAGACGGUUAAACUGGUGCGACUGGAGAAGACCCGAGACACUCCACUGGGUGCGACGGUACGUAACGACAUGGACAGCGUGGUGGUGAGCCGCGUGGUGAAAGGUGGGGCGGCAGAGAGGAGCGGCCUCCUCAGUGAGGGAGAUGAGAUCCUGGAGAUCAACGGCGUUCCUGUUCGUGGGAAACACGUCAAUGAAGUCCAUGACUUACUGCAACAAAUGCACGGCACCCUGACCUUCCUCCUCAUCCCCAGCUCUCAGAUUAAACCUGCCCCUCACAGACAGACGGUGAUGCACGUACGAGCUUACUUUGACUAUGACCCAUCUGAUGACCCCUUCGUGCCGUGUCGGGAGCUGGGCCUCUCCUUCCAGAAGGGAGACAUCCUCCACGUUAUCAGCCAGGACGACCCCAGCUGGUGGCAGGCCUACAGGGACGGAGACGAGGACAACCAGCCAUUGGCUGGACUCAUUCCAGGGAAAAGCUUUCAGCAACAGAGAGAGACCUUGAAGAAAAGUAUAACAGACAGGAGUCGAGAGCAGCAAGGGAAGCUUUGGUAUGUAAAGAAAAGCAAGAAACAGAGGAAGAAAAGUGCAUCUACCUUGAGCAAAACUACCGACUACGAUGACAUCCUGACCUAUGAGGAGAUGUCCCUUUAUCACCAGCCUGCCAACCGUAAACGUCCCAUCGCUCUGAUUGGUCCCACAAACAGCGGGCACGAUGAGUUGCGUCGGAGGCUUCUGUCCAUUGAACCGGAAAGGUUUGCAGUCGCCGUUCCACACACAACCAGAAACGCAAGGAUACACGAGCGGAAUGGACGCGAGUACCAUUUUGUGAGUCGGCCUGGUUUCGAAAGCGAUAUGGCAGCAGGGAAGUUCAUCGAGUCUGGGGAGUAUGAGAAGAACCUGUACGGCACCAGCACCGACUCAGUCCGACACGUCGUCAACGCUGGACGCAUCUGUUUGCUCUGUCUGCACACCAGGUCGCUGCGGGUGCUAAGAUCGUCCAACCUCAAGCCCUUUGUCAUCUUCAUCGCUCCUCCUUCUCAGGAACGACUACGCACCCUGCUGGCCUCAGAGGGAAAAUCACCAAAGCCAGAGGAGCUGAAGGAGGUCAUUGAAAAAGCCCGGGAGAUGGAGCAGAAUUUCGGCCACUUCUUCGACGCGACCAUUGUGAACACGGAGCCGAACCAGGCUUUCCACGAGCUGCGCAGGCUGAUAGAAAAGCUGGACACUGAGCCACAGUGGGUGCCCACCUCCUGGCUGUGCUAGAGGUCACAAGGUCUCACUUCAGGGAGCCUCAGGGCAGGAGGAGGGAAACAGAAGAACAAAAGUGAAUGUUCCUGGGGGCAUGAUUGGAAAAAAAAAAAAAAAAGGAAGGACAGUGGUAAAUUGUCACUGGAUUUUCACUUGCACAUUCUCCUCGUUUGUAGAGGAGGUGAACAUUAACCACAUGUUGCAGGGAUGGACUCAAGUUUCUUACAUUUCUUCUCGUCGGUGUGUCUUGUCUUUGUGGGUGAUUUUUUUUCUUUUUUUUUCUUCUUCGUUUUCUUCUUUGUUGAUCUGACAGGUUUAUGCAAAGUCAUUUAUCAAACAAAUAGAAAUACUUCUAUCCUAUUCUUAAGUUAUUUAAAAUUGUAAAUACAUAUUUUCUAGACCAAAGGAUCAAAUAUUUUAUCGUUACAUUUUGUGUGUGUGUGUGAAUAUACAAAACGGUACGCUCAGCUGGGAGAGUGUAAAUGUCACAAGAAGCGCUCGCUAAAAGUGUCUGCAGUGUGUGACAUCUUCCUGUCAGAGAUACAGAAGAAAAACUUGUACUGCGCAGUUUUGGGUUGCUUCCUCUGCACCAACGUCAGUAUUAUUUUGUUGUUUGUCUUGUUUACGCUGUGAUGACAGUCCUCAAAUGAAAGGUUUUGUCUCUGACUGGUUAUCAUUACUAUCAGUAUAUCAUGCUGCAAAGUACUGCUGAGAUUGAUUCGGGGGUUUUUUACCAGUACUAUAUGAACAAGACACUAUAUUAUCAGUUAGUGUAACUCGAAACUGCAUUGAGUCUUUGCCGGGUACUUACAUCAUAAGCACAAUUCUGGAAAAGAGUGUUAAUAAAAUCAGAUACAUAUGUGAA